UCGGCCGGGUGAGGGACUGGGGCAUCCGCUGGCCUCCGGGCGUGGGCCGGGGCGCUGGAGUCGUUGGGUCCGGCUGAGCCGUGGUUCUUGUGUCGGUGUUGGUCUCGGUGGGCCGAGGAUCCGGACGGUUUCGGCGACGCUGUUGGCGGAGGCGAUGGCCGGGGCGAGACUUCUGGCCGGGUCAGUAAGGCAAAAGAGAAUGAAAGAAGUAGAUAACCUUGAAAGUAUAAAAGAAGAAUGGGUCUGUGAAACAGGAUCUGAAAACCAACCUCUUAGUGAUGAUCGACAAACAAAUUGUGAAUAUUUUGUUGACAGCCUUUUUGAGGAAGCUGAGAAGGUUGGUGCCAAAUGUGUGUCUCCCACUGAACAGAAGAAACAGGUAGAUGUUAGUAUAAAACUAUGGAAAAAUGGAUUCACAGUCAAUGAUGAUUUCAGAAGUUACUCUGAUGGGGCAAAUCAGCAGUUUCUGAACUCCAUCAAAAAAGGAGAAUUACCUUUGGAAUUACAGGGAAUUUUUGAUAAAGAGGAGGUGGAUGUUAAAGUUGAAGACAAAAAAAAUGAAGUAUGUGUGUCAACGAAACCUGUGUUCCAGCCCUUUUCAGGACAGGGCCAUCGACUUGGAAGUGCCACACCAAAAAUUGUUUCUAAGGCAAAGAGUAUUGACGUCAAGAAUAAAGAUUUGUCUGUUCAACUAAACAACCUCGAACCCAUCACUAAUGUACAGAUCUGGUUAGCCGAUGGAAAACGGAUUGUCCAGAAAUUUAACAUUUCUCAUAGGAUAAGCCACAUCAAAGACUUCAUUGAAAAAUACCAAGGAUCCCAGAGAAGCCCUCCCUUUUCCCUGGCCACCGCUCUCCCUUCCCUCAGAUUGCUAGAUGAAACCCUCACCCUGGAAGAAGCAGAUUUACAGAAUGCUGUAAUCAUUCAGAGACUCCAAAAAACCGCUGAACCUUUUAGAGAACUUUCAUAACAUUGAUUUUUGAUACACUAAGUGGAAAGUUUGCAGAGAAAUGAUGGUUGUAAAUGAACACACAAACCAGAAUGAUGGAAAGGAAGUCUGAUUUGCUGGACUUUGGGUUUGAAUGCUAUUUAACUCCUUCCUGAUGAGAAGAUUUUAAAUAAGUACAAGUUAGGAAUAUAAGCUAUGACUGGAAACUAUAUUCAAUGCACUUUUUCCAAAAGACUACUCAGAAAACUACACUUAUUUUCACAUACUGGUUCUUCAACAAUAAGAUAUAUUAAAUCAUUAUAUCCUAUAGAAUCUAAAUAUGGUAUAAAUUAGCAAACGUAUUCACACUUCAUUCAUUCAGAGGGUCCCAACCAGCCAUGAUUUGUUUGGAGGUUAGCUAUCUCAGAUUUUUAAAAUAGCAAUACAGUAAGAAGUUUAUACAUGGCAAGUUAAAAGCUUCAGUGUAAUUAUUUUAUACCUGGGAUACAGUCAGAAGGCUAGAAGAAACUACUGUCACCAGAACUAUGCCUGAACCUCGAAGUGUUCUCGGUUUUUAUUCUCUAAUGGCAAGAUAUACUCAAAUAUUAACUUGGCACACUGACUAAAAUGUAUUUUCAUUUAGGAAUAAAAUUGUGCAGCAUAGUAUAAUGUCAAUACUAAUCUGCCUACUUACAUUUCUAUAUUUUCAACAAGUGUAAUUUUAAAAAGUUUCUAUCCAGGAAUCCUAGUUCAUCCCUUAUUUUCUUUUGAAAAUUAGGAUAUUGUUUUUAGCUAACAUUUUGAGUAAACCUUUCAUUUGCUACCACUCAUGUAGAAUCUGUUCUAACGCCUAUGUUGGCACAUUGCUAGUAUUUUGUAAAUGCAUCACAUAAACUACAGUUUCCUGUUCUGUAUAUCAGAGUCAACCUGUGUGUACAAGAAAGGACUAUUUAUUUAUUUGCUUUCUGACGCCAUCAAGGGAGACAGGUUUUGUUUAUCUUAAACAUCUAACUAAAACUAGUUAGACUUCAGUACUUCAUUGUCAGGUUGAAUUUCCUUGCCUGAACAUAGCUUAAGAAGCUUUUUCGCAAAUUCUCUAUUUGAAUCUUAUUUAGAGUGAAAUAUACAUGGAGUGUGCCAAGAGACCGAGUAGCCAGCCGUGCAGCAGCAGCGUCCGUGGGGCGGCGGGGGCCUGCCGGAAAGCGCAGUUCUCACACUUUGGUCUCAAGACCUUUUGUUUAGUGUGUGUUAUGUAUAGGAUAUUGAAAAUAAAAAGUGAUAAAAUAUUUAUUCAAUAAAAUAAGCUCAUGUUAGUAUAAACUGCAUUUUAACGAAAAUGCAUUUUCUAAAACAGGUUUAGUGAAAAAAGUGGCAUCGUGUUCCAUUUUUUUCAACCGUCUUUACCGUCUGACUUACAGAGGACAGAUGGGAUCUCACGGCCGCUUCCACAGUCAGUCUGCUGUGAUGUCGCACACCAUGUAGCCGCUAGGAAACGCUGCUGUAUGUUCAUGAGAAAAUGAGGGAAAAAAGCAAAUAAGGUCUUAGUUGAUUAUGAAAAUAGUUUUGACUCUGUGGACCUCUUGAAAGAACCAUUCUCACAAAGCAGGGGUUCACGAGAAUUCUCAAACUUCAUGGAAGAAUCACUUGGAAAGCAUUUCAAAAGGUCUGUUCCAGGCACCUGCCCCACACAUUCUGGUUUAUUGUAUCUGGGGUGGGUCCCAGAUCUCUGCACUUUAAUCUCAGUGAUGCUUAGGUACAGGGUAGAAGUGCCCGUGUUCUGGAAGUCUGACACUGCUUCCACCCUACGAGAAAAACCUGCGUGUUUCAUUCACCACGAGCAGUGCGAGACUCCGCUGACGUGGGACUUCUAGACCUUUCCGUUAUGUCCUUAUCUCCCACAGUUGGUUCUUAGCCUGGUCCCCUCUCGCUCUUAACUAAUCAUGAUAGAAACCUAUACUUCAUCUUCUCUAAGCAGAGCGGAGAUAAGGCUGGAAUGUGUACGUGGGAUUUUUAAUAGAAGCUCAGGAAUAACAAGAAAUAGACACAUGGUGAGGUGACCUGGUUUAUGAGAUCUGCCUUCUGUUUGAGGUCUUUUUAUUAGGAAGAGAGAGAGAGGGCAAAGGAGAGCCUUUUGCUUUUGUCACUUACUCUCAGAAAUGAAGAGAAAUAUGAUAGAGAAUACUCUCAGUAAUGUUUACAGCUCUGUUAGAGCCCUCUCUCCGGUGAAACAAAAAUAAUGGUGUUUUGACAAAAAAUGAGAGAAUGGCAAAAAUCCGCGAACUCUUUCGGAUAUAAAAUGAUUGUUAGUGUAUUUUUCAGUCUAUAAGAAAAUGUUCCCUAGAUCUAUCAUGAAGCAUUUUAUAAUUUAAUAUACACAACUCUAGUCAGUAUGUGAUUCUACAUUGAUGUCUAUAAAGGGGCUUCUUGUUGGAAAUUUUUUCUUGUACCUGUAGAAAAGCCUCCUCUGUGGAUUUUCCAGUUUGUAAUUAUUUCUCCACAAGAUGCAUUGAAGGCUUUCUUGUGUGUACACGUAGGAUGCACCCCAGUGGGAAGUUCCUAUAAAGACCCAGCAGCAGCAGUAACCUUCAUUUUUGUAACUGUGGAACUUUCAUUAGUGUGAAUAAUACUCUCAGAGGUUUUCUAAAAUGAGAAUCAUCUGAUAAAGCUGUCUACCUUAAAGUUUAAAAUUGUAAGGUUGUUAAUUAAAUAUGUAAAACACACAAAACAUACUUUAGAAAAUAUAAAUCAAACUUGGCAUGGAAGGGAAGGCAGACUUGAAAAUAAUCAAAACAUUUUGGGUGUAGAACACAAUUUGACCUGUGUAGUUGUUUCAGAACUCAUCAGUCAGUUUCUUGAGAAUCAUUGUUAAGGCUGAUACAGAGAAGUACAUUUCUAGUUUUACAGAUCCUAAUUUAAUGGGUAACUUACUAUGCAUUGUGCAGGUUACAAAACUGGUCUUAUUUAUUUUAUACACUUUUCUCAUUCAGAAUAAUUUUCAUUAUGUUUCAUUGUGUUAUAGUAUGUUUGCAUCUAUUUCAGUGCCUUAUUUUAAAAGCAAUCUUUUGCUAAUGGUUAAAGAACUGUUGUCUUUAGAAUGAAAUAAUAAUUCAUUAAACAGAUCUAUGAAAUAAUCUA